AUGCGAGCCCCGAGCGCCUGGACGGGCCCGGCCCUGCGAAGACAAUUAAGGACGGCUAUACACCCUCAGCGACGCGCAUACAAGGUUGCUGUCCUCGGGGGUGGGAUCACAGGCCUCACGGCUGCUUGGAGGUUGAGCAACGACCCCAACUGUACCGGUGUCACACUUUACGAGAAAUCGGCCCAACUAGGCGGCUGGCUUCAGUCAGAAUCCAUUCCAGUCGAUGGUGGAAAUGUGUUGUUUGAAUAUGGGCCUCGUACAAUUCGGUCCACCUACCCUGCGGCGGUGCCUACUGCUUUGAUGGCAUGUUCACUUGGACUUGCUAAUGACUUCAUCCUCACUAGCAAGGAUAGUCCAGCUGCGCGGAACCGAUUCAUCUAUUAUCCAGAUCGAUUGGUCCGCUUGCCCAGCCCUCAAAAAAAUCUCUCUGCGUGGCAAAAUGUCACCCAAAUGUUUAAAACGGUUACCGAGGAGCCGCUAUUUGAUAAAACCGUAUCUGGAAUGAUAAAUGAAUUUAUCAGUCCACCUCGUCCACCAUGGGAGUAUGAAGAGGAUGAAUCUAUCAGAAGUUUCAUUUCACGCCGCUUCAACUACACAAUUGCAGAUAACCUUGUAUCCGCCAUGAUGCACGGCAUCUACGCUGGAGAUAUUGAGAAACUCAGUGCCCAGACUCUGUUGGGAAAUAUGCGCAACAUGGAGACCGAUGGGAUCAUUCGUACCCUGUUCAGAAACAUGAGGACGGGUGCGAGAAAUAUGGUGGUAGAUGAUUUCCUGGGCCAGGCCGCUCUACCCCGUGGCGACAGAUACCAGUCCGUUGUCCACAAUGCGACAAAGCGGUCAUCGACGUUCACCUUCACAGGCGGACUUCAACAACUUUCUGAUGCACUGGCUGAAAAUUUGACCACAUCGCCCAAAGUCAGGAUUGAGACCAAUUGCGAAGUUUCAGGGCUGACCCAAUCCGAAAUGUCGGAUGAUAUACGUCGUGGGGACAAGGUUAACACAUCGCAGAUCUCUUCCAAAAAUUCGAGCAAAAAAGAGACGUUUGAUCGUGUCAUUGCUUCUAUCCCGGCCCCCGCUUUAGCCGAUAUUCUCGACAAAAAGAAAAGCCCGCCCGGCCAAAAACCGGCCCCGGUGGAUACAGUGAACCUCCUGAAGAUGAACAACUAUGCGACAACAGUCAUGGUUGUCAACCUGUACUACUCUGACCCUGAUCUCCUUCGCCAAGAGGGCUUCGGCUAUUUGAUUCCUCGCUCCAUUCCUUUCGAGGAGAACCCUGAUUGUGCAUUGGGGGUCAUUUUUGCAUCAGCUUCCAGCAAAGGUACUCGACCUGAUCUUGUCACUGAGGCCACACAAGACACUGCCCCUGGCACAAAGCUUACGAUCAUGUUCGGGGGUCAUUACUGGGACGGAUGGUCCAGGAGGGAUUACCCAGAUCACGACAGCGCGGUGCGCAUGGCGCGAAGAACACUCCAGCGACAUCUUGGCAUUAUGCAGGCCCCAAAAUUGGCUCGAAGCCGCUUACAGGUUGACGCCAUUCCACAAUAUACGGUGGGUCACCUCAAAAACACGUUCGCGCUAUCGGCAAGAGUCAUGAGGGACUUCAACCGGAAACUUACUCUCGCUGGAAAUUGGUACAACGGCGUCGGUGUGAACGAUUGUGUUAGGCAAGGCCUUGUGGCUGCCACCUUCUGCGUUGGGAACCAAGGGCCUGGCUUUCAGGAUAAAACGCCUAGUGUGGGUUGGAACCCAGAUGUUGAGUUCCCGGUGGCUGAAUGGAACGUACCGCCGGAAGGUGGUGUCGCCAUCGCACCGUCAAGAUAUGUCACAGUUACCCCAAGAAAAGGAUUCCCAGCUCUCGGCAAAUCGCCCACGGAUUCCACAAAGACGACUCGGAAUUGA